CAUCAGUUCUCAUUCCGUUCUCGAGCUGGAUAGGUCUCUCCCGUCCAGUUUCGGCUUUCUCUAAAUUCCAUCCAAAAUUUCCCGGGCCCACAAAUUUUGGAAACAUUUUUCUCGGUCAAAAGUUCAAAAUUUGUUAGCUUCAGAAUGGCGAUGAGUGUGAAUCCCCCACGGGCACUGCUCCUCCGUCCAGCCUCCGCGAUGAUGAGUGCAGUGAAUAGCUGUGUGCGAUUCGCAUCCGGUUGUGAGAAGGGCGAGGGCGAAAACCGAUGCCCCAAGGUGCUGACCAAGUUCCCCUGCGGGAAGCCGGAAAUACAGGCGCCGCCCAAGAAGAAGCCCAAGAUGGUCCAGUCGGUGUCGAUGUGGCUCAAUCCAUUCUGCGAUCCCGAGGACACGGCCUGUCCGUUUAAUCCGCGCUUCGACGACAUCUACUACGUGGAGUCGGACAAGGCCAAGCGAAAGUACUGGCAGACGUGGGUGGCCUGUCCGCCCAUCCAGAUCAAGCCGAAGAAGAUUUGCUGCUUUGCCAAGGCCAAGCCGGCGCCCAUUAAGCGCCGGAAGCCCUCGUUCAAGCCCUCGACCGCCUGUCCGCAGCCCUGUCCGGAUGCCAGGGAGCAGGCUUGUCCGCGACUGGCGCGUCGCUGCCAUCGCGACGGUCGUCGACCCCCUUCGUGCAAAAGGGAACGUGGACCCCUGCCCUGUGUGAAGCCCCGCACGCCGUAUCCCUCCUUCUCGGAGUGCCAGCGCCUGAGACCCGGCGCCCUGCCCCUCAAGGAGUGCACCUGCCUGGUGAAGCCGAUGCUCUGCGAGGUCUGGGCCGAGUUCCGCCGACGAGCCAUUUGCAAGAAAAAUAAUUAGGCUGCAAUCGGGGACGUUCUGAAGCAUUUCAAAAAUUUUUUUGUUAAAGAGGAAAUUAAAAUGGUGUUUCCCUGAGUGCCUGGAGGAUAA